AGAUAUCUCAGUUCCUGUUGUGACCACGUGGCGGCAGCAGCAGCUCGUUCCCGCGCUGCAGAGCCUCAACUUUGUCCCCGGAAGCGGAAGUUCUUUCCUUUCUUGUUUCUGCUUGGUUUAGAGACACACAGAGACGAUGGCUCCUCGUAAAGGGAAGGAGAAGAAGGAGGAGCAGGUGAUCAGUCUGGGUCCUCAGGUGGCCGAAGGAGAAAACGUGUUUGGAGUCUGUCACAUUUUCGCCUCCUUCAACGACACCUUCGUUCACGUCACCGACCUCUCCGGGAAGGAAACAAUCUGCCGUGUGACCGGAGGGAUGAAGGUGAAGGCCGACAGAGACGAGUCGUCUCCGUACGCCGCCAUGUUGGCCGCUCAGGAUGUCGCUCAGCGCUGCAAAGAGCUCGGGAUCACCGCACUGCACAUCAAGCUGAGGGCCACCGGGGGCAACAGGACGAAGACUCCAGGUCCUGGAGCUCAGUCUGCUCUCAGAGCUUUGGCUCGAUCCGGCAUGAAGAUCGGACGCAUCGAGGACGUCACUCCGAUCCCGUCAGACUCCACCAGGAGGAAGGGCGGACGCCGCGGUCGCCGUCUGUAAAACUGUACCCACGUUUUCUGACAAUAAAAAAGGUUAAAGUCA